AUGGCGGGCGUCGGCGCUCAGGCGGCGGGUGCUGCUCCGCCACCCGUAACUGGCGAUUGGGCACUGUGGCAAAUCGUGGACUCGCUGUAUCCAACGGGCGGCUUUGCCCACUCGCUGGGCCUUGAAGCUGCCGCGCAGGAAGGACUCGUGAGCGCGCGAUCGCUCCCUGCGUUCCUUUCAGCGUCGCUGCAUCAGACUGCCAACUUCGCGCUGCCGCUGGUGUUUUCCUCGCGUCAGACACUCGUGACUGCCCCGGACUUUGUCGAGUCCGUGCUGCGGCUCAACAGUCGCGCCAUUGCGCUCUAUUCGAACCACGUUGCGCGCAAGGCCUCGUUCGCCCAGGGCGCGGCACUGCUGCGACUGGCGCUGUCUACCUAUGCGUCCGCGAACCCACGCACGCACGUGGUGCUGCUGGACAUCCGCAAAGCGGUCAAGAAGCGAAAGCAAGAGGGCGUCCACUAUGCUGUGCUCUUUGGCGUAGUGUGUGCGUUGCUGGAUGUGGCGGUCGAGUCGACGCAGCGCAUGUUUCUGUAUGUGACGACGCGCGACAUCCUGAGCGCGGCCACGAGAUUGAAUCUCGUAGGACCGUUUGAAGCUGCAAAGCUGCAGUUUGAGCUGACGCCGUUGCUGGAGAAGGUGGUUCGGGACAAGAAGGACCGCGAGGUGGAAGACUCGUACUCGUCAGCACCGAUAUUGGACCUCGUGCAGGCCAUGCACGAUCAGCUCUACACGCGCAUCUUCAACAGCUGA